AUGAACGACUACGAUGAACUCUACGAGGACGACUUCGAGGAUGACGAGCUUGCCUCGGUCGCCGCCAAGUCGGUCUCGUGCCGCGCUGCAUUCAUGUCAACACCGCACCGCUCCGCCCCUGCCAUCAACGGAACGGCCUCAAAGGGCGGAGCGGUAACCUCCACAGCCGUGGGCCAUAGAGAUGCCGCAGCUGAGUCUGGGAUGGAGCCUGCUCCACAACGGCCCAUGUGUUCCUUGGGUUCCAGCUUCUCCAGUUAUCAAUCAUCUUCGGCUGACCCGCUGCUGCAGUCUGCACACGAGCUCUGCUCCUCCUCGUCGCACUCCUCGUCCACGUCGUCGUCCCGACAGCACAGGGACCCUACGCACCCUACCAAUGACAGCGGCAAAAUUCCAUCUGACGCAGGAUCUGUCAAAGCCCAUCGAGCCUCGCCCAACACCAAUGGCGCCAACGGUGUAGUGGUCGCGUCCGGUUUCGUUCGCGAGCCCACGUCGCUAAGCAAUUUCGGCGCUGUUACCCCCGCCUCUGCGCGCCUCUCCGCUCCACAAACCCUUGAGCAGCGCGAGAUCGCCUCUAGUGGCGCCGCAAAGGCGUACGUCAAGCUCGGCAGUGAUGACGGGGUGCAGGUGAUCGCCCGCAUGGGUGGCGAGCAGCUGCGACCGAUGUCUCUCUCCGAGGCGUCAGCGACCGAAACCGCGGCGUCCUCCUGUGCCUCCUUCCACUCAACGCCACAUGCUUCCCUGUCGCCGGGCCGCGCUGGAUCCUCGCGCCACGGUAUGCCGAGUGUCGGGAGCGGCAGCGCUUCAGAAACGGGCGCAAAACACCCGCGACGCGUCAAGUUCGUGGGGCAGGCCUCGGGAAGCUCGUCGGACUCAUCCUGCAGUAGCGACGAUGAUGGCGGUAGCGGCUGUGGGCGGCUCCACGGCACCUCUCCGCCCCCCUUCGCCUUCAUCGCUGCACCCCCGGCAGCCGCAGUAGCGCCUGGCAUUGAGGCACCGGCCGCGCGGAACGUCUCCGCCGAGCGCCGCCACUCCAGAAGCGGCUCGGUCACAACCCAUAGUAGAAAAAAGUUGCUACACCAGUCGAACUACACCUCGGUGGAUGUACUGGAAGCGGACGACGACCGCUGUCAUCGUCGCACCCCGGCCGAGAUCGACGCUGAAGCGGCCCCAGUCGAUGAUGAGGAGGAGGAUCACGACGACGCAAACGCCAGCAACACCAUGCCGCCCAUGGCUGCAGUGGCAGGACAGCCGCAACGCUUGGCCCCCUCGCCGUCGGGUGCCCACUCGGACUCCUUCACGAGCCUCACCCCAUCCGCCUCUGCGAGACCGUCGCCUACGAGCCACCAGGCCCCCUCUCUCCACACCACUACGACAGCGCCAUCAUCCUCAAUAGCACAGACGACACGCUCCUCAUCGAAUCGUGCCCCGCUGCAGAGCGGGCCAGACAGCGUUGGUGCUCACCGCAACAGCCGUCCAAACAACUCGGUCUCCGCUGUGGCGUUGCAAGCCUCAAGCAGUAAUGCCUCCCCAUCUAGGCCCGCGUUAUCCGAAGCGUCGCCAAAGACGCGAGCGACAAGCGGCACUGCAUUUCGCGGGGCCAUUCACCCGCGUCAGGUCACCACCGUUUGCAACGAUACGAUGGAUGCACGGCGUUUCGAUGGUGUCUACGACUCGAAGAGGUCAUGUGACGACAGCGGUGAGGUCGACACCGACGAGGAUCAUAUGGAGAAGCCACAGAAAGAUGCGAGGUCGUCGAAACAACUGUCGUCGCCGCCGCUCCCGCCAUCGAGGACCUCCCGGCUUUCGACCACGACGUUCGAAGAUGCCUGUCUCUCUAAAGUGGGCACCGCAAAGACCAAAGGGCGCACGAACACGUCAACCACGGUUGCCAAGGACGGCGACGCACCCGAGUCGGGUGAGCGUGCGGCGCUGCUGGCGCGUGUGGCGCAGCUCCGCGAGGAAAUGGCCACGUGGGACAGGCGCAUUGCACGGCAGCACGCCUUAAUGGGAGCAGAGGCGGGGAGGUCAGACGGUGCGGCAGUCUCCUCGUCAAAGUGUCGCUCUGCCGAUGGUACAGGUGUGGCGCGGAGUCGCAGGGGCGCGAACGGCGGCAAGCGGCGCUCUGACUCGAUGGAACAAGCGCUACACACGCAGGCCGACGCCAAGGGCGACGGUCGUCCCGCCAACGCACGACUCACGAAGCUGCGGCGGGAAAACGAGCAGCUCGAGGCCCAAUACGCGCGCCAGGGCGCCGGCGGGGCGGAGAUGAACGUGCAGGUGCUCGUGGUGCGAGCAGACACCCAGCUGCAAAAGGCUCGGCUGCGGCUAAAGGAAGUCACGGCCGUGCGCCGCGCUCUCGAACAUCGCGACAAGCGUGCCGCCCACACCAUCAAAGAGGUGCACCGUCGCAUGCCGACGACUGAUGAGCUGGAGGAGCGGCAGCACAACGAGGGUAUUUACUCACUCAAGGGUCUGCUACGCACGGUGAAGGAGCUCAAGGAGAACCUCGAACGCACACGGGCGGCGACCAAGAUGAUGAAGGCCAAGUGUGCUGAGCUCGAAGCGCACGUGCGGCGCAAGCACCUGUCUUCCAUUGUGCCGAAGGAGUACGAGGCACUCUGCGCCACUCGUGACGCCAAUGUAAAAGCGAUCGAGAAGCACAAGACUGCCAUUUCCGUCUACACGCUCGCCUUCGCGCAUGAACUGCGCAAAGCCUCGAAAGUCGCGUGUGGUAGUGAUACUGGUGUUUGUGGUACGCAAUCAAGUCACAGCUCCUGCACGACGUCGCCAUUCAGCCCCGCCAUCACGCCAACACGGACGGAGUCGACAGUGAAAGAGCAGCAGCAAGUAAUCGCCGAGUAUGAGGCGAACAAGGCUGACCUUCUGCUUCAACAGAAGAGGACACUGAUGUACCGCAAGCAGGAGCUGCAGGCGAGCAUCGACAAGCUGUGGCAGCGUGUGCAGAAGUACAACGAGCAGAUCAAGACGAAUCACGCACAGGCGGGACUCAGCUACUUCGAUGUCAACUCUGCCGCUGCUGCCAAUCCUGGCGCGCCCCUGUACGCCGUCGGGGGCAGUGACCCAACAUGCUCGACGCCGGCGACGACGUCAGCGGUGUCUGCUCGAGAUGGCAGCGUCCUGGUUGCGGGAAGCGGGGCUGUGGCGGCGCGCAAGAGGUCGCUGCGAGAUGUGCUGCUCUCUCCCAUGAAGUGCCGCAUAGAGGCAGAUGCGAAGGCCAGAUGCGGCGCGGCCACAAAAAGCCUCUGCGGUGGCGUCGCCGCUGCGCUCAAGGGAACGCCGGAAAAUGCGAACGGUAACGCAAAACAUUCGAACCUUGGCUUCAAAGCUCUACCAGCGCUGGUGCAGGCGGGCAAGCGCACCGCACGCGCCGAGCACCGGGCAUCUUUGCCUGCCGUGAAAGCGGUAUUAGACUUGCCAGUGAAGGGGCCGGUCCAGAUUAGCAGCAGCAUGGCAGCUGAUGGCGAGAUGCCAACCUCAUCACGUGAUGACAUCGAAGAGGAAGUUGAUGACCACGACAGCAUCGAGGCCGUGCUGCGCAAGAUCGACGCGGACAACAAACGACUCGGUCAUGAUGUGUUUGGGUUGGAGGGCAUAGAGAGAGCGGCACCGCCGGCGUUCCUGCACAGUCUCUAUGACGCCAACGCGGUGAGGGCGGCGGACAACGUCCCCGGUGAUGGUGACGGGUUUGAGGAGGAGUCGGUGCCUCACAAAGUCAAAGGUGACAGCGGUGGCUACGCCGGUGGAGCUGGUCACCACGAUCAUGCCACCAGCGCGGCGGAACGCCUACAUGAGGUUUAUGACAGAGCAGUGCUGGCCGAGCCGCCAACGGAGGAAGAGGAGGUAGAAGCGGAGCUCAGUGCCGGCAAGAGUGACGAGUCUGGGAGGUCGACGCCGGAGUGGCUGCGAGACGACUAG